GUCUUGGGGCGCGGGCGAUUCGAGGCCGACGCAUCCGCGCGUGCGCGCGCCGGCUCUGUGUCCGCGUUAGAGGGGAGUGACGCGUGCGCGUUCACGUGCACCCGGAGAGCGUGUUGAAAUCUGGUUCCUAAGGAGGAAGAGGAAGGCAGUCCUGGAGUGGUUUCUUUAUAGUAAUUUCAACAGAAGAGUGAGAGAUGGAACCCGAAGAAGAAAGAAUUCGUUACAGCCAGAGAUUGCGUGGUACAAUGCGACGACGCUAUGAAGAUGAUGGCAUUUCAGAUGAUGAAAUUGAAGGUAAAAGAACUUUUGACUUGGAAGAGAAGCUCCAUACCAACAAAUAUAAUGCCAAUUUUGUUACAUUUAUGGAAGGCAAAGAUUUUAAUGUAGAGUAUAUCCAGCGGGGUGGCUUGAGAGACCCUCUGAUAUUCAAGAAUUCCGAUGGACUUGGAAUAAAGAUGCCAGAUCCAGACUUCACUGUGAAUGAUGUCAAAAUGUGUGUGGGGAGUCGUCGGAUGGUGGAUGUUAUGGAUGUGAAUACACAGAAAGGCAUUGAAAUGACCAUGGCUCAGUGGACACGCUACUAUGAGACUCCUGAGGAAGAGCGAGAAAAACUCUAUAAUGUCAUCAGCCUAGAAUUUAGCCACACCAGGCUGGAGAACAUGGUACAGAGGCCUUCAACGGUGGAUUUCAUUGACUGGGUAGACAACAUGUGGCCGAGACAUUUGAAGGAAAGUCAGACUGAAUCAACAAAUGCCAUCUUGGAAAUGCAGUACCCUAAAGUGCAGAAGUACUGUUUAAUGAGUGUCCGAGGCUGCUAUACUGACUUUCACGUGGACUUUGGUGGUACCUCUGUUUGGUAUCACAUCCACCAAGGGGGAAAGGUCUUCUGGCUCAUCCCCCCUACAGCCCACAACCUGGAGCUGUACGAGAAUUGGCUGCUGUCAGGGAAACAGGGAGACAUCUUUCUGGGUGACCGGGUGUCGGAUUGCCAACGCAUUGAGCUCAAGCAGGGCUAUACCUUCGUCAUUCCCUCAGGCUGGAUUCAUGCUGUAUAUACUCCUACAGACACAUUAGUAUUUGGAGGCAAUUUUUUGCAUAGCUUCAACAUCCCCAUGCAGUUAAAGAUAUACAACAUUGAAGAUCGGACACGGGUUCCAAAUAAGUUCCGCUAUCCAUUCUACUAUGAGAUGUGUUGGUAUGUGUUGGAGCGCUAUGUAUACUGUAUAACCAACCGUUCCCACCUGACUAAGGAAUUUCAGAAAGAAUCUCUCAGCAUGGAUUUGGAAUUAAAUGGAUUGGAGUCUGGAAAUGGGGAUGAGGAAGGAGUAGACCGAGAAUCCCGACGCUUGAGCAGUAGGCGUUCUGUGCUUACCAGCCCUGUAGCCAACGGGGUCAACCUGGAUUAUGAUGGCCUGGGCAAAACCUGUCGAAGUCUUCCAAGUCUGAAGAAAACUUUGUCUGGGGACUCUUCCUCUGAUUCUAGCCGGGGCUCCCAUAAUGGCCAAGUGUGGGACCCCCAGUGUAGCCCCCAAAAGGACAGGCAAGUGCAUCUGACCCAUUUUGAGCUUGAAGGCCUUCGCUGCCUUGUAGAUAAGUUGGAAUCUCUGCCACUGCACAAGAAGUGUGUCCCCACAGGAAUAGAAGAUGAAGAUGCCCUUAUUGCUGAUGUAAAGAUUUUGCUGGAGGAACUUGCCAGUAGUGAUCCCAAGUUAGCCCUCACUGGAGUCCCAAUAGUACAGUGGCCAAAAAGGGAUAAGCUUAAAUUCCCUGCCCGGCCAAAGGUGCGGGUUCCAACCAUCCCUAUCACAAAGCCUCACACUAUGAAGCCAGCUCCCCGGCUAACACCUGUGAGGCCUGCAGCUGCCUCCCCCAUUGUAUCAGGAGCCCGGCGGAGAAGAGUGCGCUGUCGGAAAUGCAAAGCCUGUGUGCAAGGAGAGUGUGGUGUUUGCCAUUACUGCAGGGACAUGAAGAAGUUUGGGGGACCUGGACGCAUGAAACAGUCCUGUGUCCUCCGACAGUGUUUGGCACCCAGACUGCCUCACUCAGUCACAUGUUCCCUCUGUGGAGAAGUAGAUCAGAAUGAAGAGACACAGGACUUUGAGAAGAAACUCAUGGAAUGCUGUAUCUGCAAUGAGAUUGUGCAUCCUGGCUGCCUCCAGAUGGAUGGAGAGGGUUUGCUUAAUGAGGAAUUGCCAAAUUGCUGGGAAUGUCCAAAGUGUUACCAGGAGGACAGCUCGGAGAAAGCCCAGAAGCGGAAAAUGGAAGAGAGUGAUGAAGAAGCUGUGCAAGCCAAAGUCCUGCGGCCCCUGCGGAGCUGCGAUGAGCCCCUUACACCCCCACCCCAUUCACCCACUUCCAUGCUACAGCUCAUCCACGACCCGGCUUCCCCCCGGGGUAUGGUGACUCGGUCAUCACCUGGGGCUGGCCCCAGCGACCACCACAGUGCCAGCCGUGAUGAACGCUUCAAACGGCGGCAGUUGCUGCGGCUGCAAGCCACAGAGCGCACCAUGGUACGGGAAAAGGAGAACAAUCCCAGCGGCAAAAAGGAGCUGUCUGAAGUUGAGAAAGCCAAGAUCCGGGGAUCGUACCUCACUGUCACGCUACAGAGGCCUACCAAAGAGCUCCACGGGACAUCCAUUGUACCCAAGCUGCAGGCCAUCACGGCCUCCUCUGCCAAUCUUCGCCAUUCCCCCCGUGUGCUAGUACAGCACUGUCCAGCCCGUACCCCCCAGCGUGGGGAUGAGGAGGGGCUGGGGGGAGAGGAGGAGGAAGAGGAGGAGGAGGAGGAGGAAGAUGACAGUGCAGAGGAGGGGGGUGCAGCCAGGCUGAAUGGCCGGGGCAGUUGGGCUCAGGAUGGAGACGAAAGCUGGAUGCAGCGGGAGGUCUGGAUGUCUGUCUUCCGCUACCUCAGCCGCAGAGAACUUUGUGAAUGUAUGCGAGUGUGCAAGACAUGGUAUAAAUGGUGCUGUGACAAGAGACUUUGGACAAAAAUUGAUUUGAGUAGGUGUAAGGCCAUUGUACCCCAGGCACUCAGUGGUAUCAUCAAGAGACAGCCAGUUAGUCUCGACCUCAGUUGGACCAACAUCUCCAAGAAGCAGCUCACAUGGCUGGUCAAUAGGCUGCCAGGACUAAAAGACCUCCUCCUAGCAGGCUGUUCCUGGUCUGCAGUCUCUGCCCUUAGCACCUCCAGCUGCCCCCUUCUCAGGACCCUUGAUCUUCGGUGGGCAGUAGGAAUUAAAGACCCUCAAAUUCGAGACUUGCUGACUCCCUCAGCUGAUAAGCCAGGUCAGGACAAUCGCAGCAAGCUCCGGAACAUGACUGACUUCCGGCUGGCAGGCCUUGACAUCACAGAUGCCACACUUCGCCUCAUCAUUCGCCACAUGCCCCUCCUGUCUCGACUUGACCUCAGUCACUGCAGCCACCUUACAGAUCAGUCCUCCAAUCUGCUCACUGCUGUUGGGUCUUCCACUCGUUACUCCCUCACAGAGCUCAAUAUGGCAGGUUGCAAUAAACUGACAGACCAGACCCUGAUUUACCUACGGCGCAUUGCCAAUGUCACCCUGAUUGACCUUCGAGGAUGCAAGCAGAUCACUCGAAAAGCCUGUGAGCACUUCAUCUCAGACUUGUCCAUCAACAGCCUCUACUGCCUGUCUGAUGAGAAGCUGAUACAGAAGAUUAGCUAAGACACGCCCAGCCUGAACUGAACAGGAAAUGGAUCUUCCCUAGCCUUCCCCACUGAGGAGAGCCUCUCCCUGACCCUGCACGGGCUCUGAGGCCAGCAUCACACACCCUCUCUGCUCUUCUGUCCCUGAGCUCUUCUCUCACAGGUGGGGUAGAGAGGGUGGACAACACCAGGCUUAUGUCCCUGCUCCUCUCCCUCCCAAGGAAAAGGGAGUAGCAGCUAAUGUGAGGGGAAGGAAAGCACAGGCUGUGCUGUUGCGGUGCCUGUUCACUUGCUCACCUGCCAGGAGACUGGGCUCUCCAUUUGGAGGAUUCAUGCAGCCUUCACCUGCACGCGGCCCUGGGCCCCUCUUCCCCACCUGUGGCCCCAGCAGUGCCUGGUUCAGACCAGACUCCAGGGAAGAAAGCAGUCCUGCCUCCAUGGCCAGGUUCUCCUUGUGGUGUCCAGUGCAUGUCUCUCCUCUGUCACUCUCUCCCGGCUUCUGCAGGAGGGGCCAGCAGCCCCAGGAAUGCCAGGCCCAGCAGAUCCCACUGGUGCUGUUGAUGUCUGAAACCUUGUGCCCACAUCUGUGCUCGCCCGCCUUUCCUCUCCGUGGACUUGAUGCUGUCCAGCAUUUGUGCUCAUUUAUGUAAUACAGUGUACCCCCAUCCUUCCAUCCAGCCCCUGACUUUCCCAAUAGUUUCUCUGAGGUCCUUGUUGCACUUAUUGGGGUUGAUGCCCUUCAGAGGAGCUGGAACUGUACCCCAGGGACACCCUCAUUUCACUGCUACCCAGGCAGAUUCUGAGACAGGCACCAUCUCAUUUUCCCUCUCUUGCCUCCCACUGACUGCCCUUUUCCAUGUGUCCGCCUUCCUGCCUGCAUAGGGCUUUCCCAGGAUGCGUGUCCUCAGAGGGAGCAGCCUUUCUCCCCCGCCAGGUGAGGGGAGCACAAGACUGGCGGAAUCCCCACCUGCCUCCAGGCCUCUGGUUUAGUAUGGCCCCCAAAAGCCCAGGCCUGUGCAUUGCCCCAGCAGCUCACUGACCUGGUGCCUCUUAAGGGUCAGGGGUUCCUUCUUCAAAGCCAGUCACCAGCCCUCUGCCCAAAGCCGUGGAAAGGGGGUGUGCAUGUGCCUCUGUGUGUGUGGCUGAGUAUGCUGUGUGUGUGUGUGUGUGUGUGUGUGUGUGUGUGUGUGUGUGUGUGUAGAGGAAGGGAGGGGAGUGUGUCUCCCACUCCACCACCCUAUGUCAAGCCCCAUCAGCUGCCCCUUUUACUUUGCAUUGAACGGUCUGUCCAAAGAUCCUCUCUCUAGGGCAGCAGAGAGCUUUUUGCACUUUAAAAAAAAAAAAAAAAAAAAAA